UGUGUAUGUAAACCUCAGCGCCCCAGCCUAGAUUCAGCCUCUGACACAUCUUCGCUGGAUUAUAUUUCUGCUGCCUCUCCCAAAUCUCCUGUUUCCUGCGUGUUUCAAACCCCCUUUAGAUAAGGCUAAUCACGUCCUGUGCUACCGGUCUUGCGACUGAUCAUCCGCCGCCUGCAGUAGACGGCUUGUUUCGUUUAGCGUGUCCCUAGCGACGUCUGUGUGGACAUCAUAGGUACAACUGCCCGCAGGCCAUCCCCCUCACACCGCUAGGGUAGUGGUUAACGUCGCAACGAGGCAUGAAGCCAACAAGACGAUAAGGAACACACUGCUCCUACCGCGACGCGUUUAUACUAUCCUAUUACCUCGCAACAUACCCUAUCAACAUAUCAUCUGUGCCACGUCCUCGCGCCUUGCCUAAGAGGACUUGACUCCUCUAUCGCCACUACUACAACCUACGUCGCUGCCCAACUUAGACUACUACGCCAUGGCGGCCAUACAGCAACAUCGACCGCAGGCCGGCCGACAGGUCUCCUACAACGCACCAGAACCCACCACCGAGCCCGCGACGGCAUUGUUACAGCCUGUACGAACCUUGGAUCAGUCAGAAGAAUGGGUCCUCUUCUCCCCGGGUGCGCCUUCUGCUACCACUCGCACACAUACCACCUCGACCGACCGAACGCCACGGACAGCUGGCCUGUCACGCUUCAGCGAGUUUGGCUCACUCGAGACUGCUGCGCAGUCUGAACAAGAUGAAGAAGGUGGCUCGUUUCUUGGGACAGAAGAGGAGCUAGACAGCUUAGACGACGGGCUACACGCCUUCCAUGAGCCAUCUGAAUAUGGCGCGCCGUUGAGCAGACUACAAAGCAGGCUGCAGGAGAGCGGUGAUACUGUAUUACCGACCCAUGAUGGAUUGGGCGAGUUCAAGCCGGACGCAACUAUGCAGGAACACAUGUGGCAGUUUGAGCGACAGCGGCGACGAGCACCCAGACGACGUUCCAGCGUGCAGCGGCACCUUUCCGUCCUCGAUGACCACGAGGAGACCAACACAGAGCAGGAGAAGCGACAGCGCAUCGAGAGAUGGCGACUUGAGCAAAGCAAAGCAUUACUGGAAGAGAUCGAGAAGGAGACAAGGCGGAGACGGCGAAUGAGCAUGGUCAGCAAUGGAGCGAGUCGGGCUGAUGCGCAAAAGGCGACAACGAGCACAAAACCACACACUGCGCAAUCUGUGUCAGAUGUGAGCGACUCGUCAGAGGAAGGCACUGAGAAUCUCUCCUUCUGGCAACGGAUCACGCGACGGGUCAUCAGGGAUCUUAUAGGCCUGGAUGAAGACACUCUUUCAGUCAUCUUUGGAGAGGCCCUACCUGACGAGGCCGCAACACCCACACCAGGAUCGCCCGCCAUUGAGUUCUCAGCAGACAAGGCUCUACAAGACGCAGGCAUCGACGCGUCCCGUUUUUCCGAUGAUACCUGGCAGACAAAGCUGCUCGAAAGAGUAGCCCAGGAACUGGGAUCACUAGUCAAUCAGCUUUCUGAGCAUCCUGGAGCUUUCUCAACAUACCAGCGAACACAACUAACACCAGAGUACGCGGGUCUUACACCAGUGAUAUCCAACACGACAGUCGUAUCUGAGCCCCUGUCUUCGAUACCGAGUUCACAACCUACCACAACCCCUUCGUCUGCUCAAUUCGCACCUACUUUCCCUGCGCAAACCUCAAACACCUACAGCGAAGCAUCACUAUGGGGUAUCGAAGAAGAGCCUACCGAAACCGAUACUGAAGCCACGGCCUCCUCUCACAUCCACAACCCUUCUGUUCCCACCACAACCAUCGCCGAUGACCUAGCCCGAGAGCGCGAGUACUGGGAACGCGAGAUUGACGUAAAGAUGAUCUUCAACUUUCUCAUGAAACGCUUCUCGUCUCGCCGCCCCAGCAUCUCCUCUUCGCAACCUGUCCUUCCACCCCAACCCAUCCGUACCGCUAGCGCCCCUUCUACAGCUACAAACGACAACAACCUUAGCUCCGCCCGCCGAGCAGCCAUCAUCCGCCAACACCACCCUUUGGUAAAUCGGACGACGUCAGAUAGUAGACUCCCCACGUCGUCCGCCUCUCACUCGAGGGAGUCGCGUCGCUUCGCUACUUACUACACACCUCCAGCCAGUGGCUUGAAGGACAAGACAAAGCUGAGGAGUAGCUCAAGCUGCGCUAGUCAGAGUACCAAGAAGAGCAAGAGGAGUAGCAACUCACAAAGGAAUUACUGGGACCUUGGUGGUAGCGUAGGCAGUGGGAGUGUUGUCGGCUAGGUCGGCAUACCUUGAAACUAGAGGGGAAGAAGAGACAUGGUUGGACGAUUCAACGGUCAUCGUCAUUUAUCACUUUUUGGCAUUAGAACGCACAGACGACAUUACGCAUAGCAUGAGCAUAGGUUAUAGGAGUUGGAUGGACUGGAUACCGGCUUUGGAUAAAGCCACGACAAGCGC